AGGGCGGCUUGUUGUAUGCGGGGCUGUCACUCUCAGUCUGCUCGACUGGUUAAGCACAAAGCAGGGACUCCCACCGACAUGAGUGUAUUUGUGCGACACAGCCCCAGCCCCGUCCUGUGGAUCCAGACUUCCUGCGGACUUAAGGAAGCAUUGAACUUGACAUGAAAAGGGAAGUAAAUAGAAGAGCAAACCACCUGAAAUGGGGCCAAGGAAGAGGGGGCUCCUGCAGGGGACUCUGCCCGGAGGUGGCCUCAGUGGGUGGUGGAGGAGCUGCUGGAAAGAGCACGUGCCAUCCAGCGUCUGCCAGGAGCUCCAGCUUGUGUUCCUGCGUAGAGCAGACCCUGCAGACCCCUGUAGACCCCUGCAGACCCGCGGCCACACCAGCAGGAAGAGGGAAGCCAGCGUUGCUCCCCCGUGCUCGGCAGGAGCCCGCGUCCUGGGACACAGGCAGGACUCCCACCCUCACCAUCUGUGACUGCUGAUUAGCCUGCUGCUUCGCCAUGGCCUUCAAAAAGAGGGCAAGACAGAACCAGCUUGCAGACUGCCCGGCCAGGCGGAGGAGCGGACGAGAGCUUCCUCAAGCAAGUCCCAGGUCUGGCAUCACCACGUUGCCGAGGCUGGCCUCCAGCUUCUGAUCUUCCUGUCUCCGCCUCCCGUGUCUCUGGAAUGAUGACAAGGAGCACCAUGGCGCCCAGUAAGGAGAGAGAGUUCAUCUAGAAUCAGAGGGUGGCCCCAGCGUGCGCAAGCCUCAGGUCCUAAAGUUGCUGUACGAGGGCUGCUGGCUGUGGAAUGAGGCCCCCCCCCCGUGGAAGGACCGCCCACCCCUGUGCUGGGAGAUGUGCGGGUGGGGCCGCCUGGCCCAGGGGACCUCUGGAGGUGGGAGGGCUUCUGGGACCAGGGGCAGUGUGCUCCAUGUGCCCUCAGCAGUCCGGGGAUGGGGGAGAACACUCACUUAGAAUCAACCCUCCUGGACGCCUCUGUUCCACAGCUAGCUGGACUCACGGCCUGGGGUAGACAGCAGAAUGCACGUGUCUGCAUUCUCCUCGGGUACUUGAUGAGGCUGUCUCGUGUCCUAGGGACGGCAUCAGACGGGAGCUGAAAGUUGGUAGAACCAGGUGGAUUAUCAGAGUCUACCCGCAGGGCAGGCCCUGUGGCCACCCUGAGGUCCACCUUCACUGGCGGGUCAGCCAGGGCAGAACCAGGGUCUUGGAUGAGGCCAUUAGUGGAACACUGGUCAGAUUCACAGACGACAUGCAUACAACUGACAGGGAAGUGAAGAUCCCAGGAGAUCUCAACAGACCGUAAUGACAGUGAGUCAGAAAGAGGCCCUGCUGCACAAUCAAGGACAGGCUCUGGGAACUGGGGUUUGACAGCAAGAGGUGUGAAGAAAGGCUGGGCUCAGUCUGCUAACUGCCUCGCAUCUCAGGGCUGCCAAGAACACGAGCGUCAGUCUCCAGCCUCUGCGUAGAGCAACGCUGUUGAAGCGGGACAUGGGCAACCCCAGGACCUUUGGCAGACACGGGGAGAGGCCAAGAGGGGAGGAAGGGGCUCUCACCCCUGGAGAAAGGGGUAGCCUCAGGAGUACAGUAGUGCUUUCGUGGACAUGGAGGCCCAAGUCUGGAAGUUUCCAGGGCACAGAAACCAGAAGCUCAGGGGAGAAGGCCCAGAAGGGCAGAUCUUUGUGAAAUGUGGGAACAGCUCUCUUGUGGAGUCCAGAACUGGACGGGGCUGCCUUGGCAGAAGGGAGCCAUCCUGUGCUGAGAUGAGCGCUCGGUGGGAGUGUGACAAAGGGAGUGAAGUGGACAUCUCUGCCUGCAAGACCAGGGCCUCGGAGGCGAGGCGCUGCCUGAGCUGCCGUGGCUUUACCACGAUACCCAGGAGGGCCAGUCCCUUUGUGUCUGCUUACAGUAUGCACCCAGGAGAGUUCCCACAGCAGACGUUCAGUGCGCUGGACAGGCCGCCCUGUGCUGCCACUCGGCCCAGGACAAAACGUCCCCCGCUCCCCAGAAGCCCCUUGGCCCCUCCUAGGCACCUCCUGCACAGUCUCCAUCAGGUCCACGGUGUCCGUCUUUGGACUCUUCUCUGAGUGGGACCAUGCGGUGUCCAGUCUUGUGCUGGUGUCCUCAGCUAGGGUUUUGUUUGGGGCACAGCUCCAGUUCCUGUGAAUGAUUUUGUGGAUGGACUCACUGCACCCGGGUUGGCGGUAGGCUGUAUCCCUAGUGUCCUGCUGUCCAUACUGUGUAUGUCCCCACAUGUGAGUGCCCAAACGCAGUUGUGGUGCCUGGACUCCGUAGUGGCCCUGGGCUUGCAGACAUGCGGCAGGUGGGAGCACAGCCCCUGGGGAGGUCACACCAAGCCCUGGUUCUUCCUGUCAGUGCUGACAUGCAAGACAGAAAAUUCCAAGUGAGGGACAAGAAGUGGGUGGCACAGCAGUGUCUACGAGGGACGAGAGGCAGCAUGGACAGCUGGAAGUGCGCAUCACGCAGACAGCCCCAGGCCGGGUGUCAGGCAGCAUUUCCCCAGCGGAACAGGCCACUGCUGUUGCUUCCUGAACUGCCCUGGAGACAUGGAAAAUAGGCAGCUUCGAAGCCAGCUCAGCCUUGUGGUCAUUGCCCGGAUGCUGGGCCAAGAGGAGCUCCCGCUCUGGCAAGAGAAGAUGCAGCUGUCCUUGCUCAGUCAGCUCCUGAGCCUCAUGAGGCCAUCGUCCCUUGGGCAAUUCCUGGGCUCUGAGCCCUUGCCACCCUGCCAGGAGCAACAGCCAAAAGCCAGUGCUGCGCUAGACCACAAGGUCUGCUACAUGUGCCACAGCCUCCUGACACUGGCCGGGGUGGUGGUCAGCAGCCAGGACAUUACUCCAGACCAGUGGGGUGAGCUGCAGCUGCUGUGCAUGCAGUUGGACCGCCACAUCAGCACCCACAUCCGGGAGAGCCCCCAGGCCAUGCACCGGACCAAACUCAAGGACCUGGCCACCCAGACCUACAUCCGCUGGCAGGAGCUGCUGGCCCACUGCCAGCCCCAGAUGCCAAGUUUUAACCCAGAACAAAAGCUGCUGUCCCACCGAUUUAUAUUCCAGAUCGCUGACAGCCUGAAGUGUUCCUCCCCUCCAGGACCGCCCCUGGCUCAGUUGCCGCGGGAGCCUCUGGGCCUGCGGUUCCUUCACUCCUGCCCUUUGGCUCUAGUCAGGGGGCGGCCUCCCAGAGGUUCCUCUGUCCACCUGCCCAGCACCGAGGACCAGCUGGCAGGAAGGAGGACUUGCCAGGCAGCACCGCCCAGGAGGCCAGAGCUACAAGUUACUUGGAGGAGCGAGCGGCUGUGGGCGGAGGCUGGCGGUUCUGAAGGUGGUGGUGCUGCUCAGCGUGGCUCCCUCAGCCCCUUUCAUCUGAACAUCAGGGCUCGUGCCACUUGUUAAU